CUUAUUUAAAGAGAAGUUAUAAGGAACGGCAGAUGUCGGAAUCUUCAGCAAAAACAAACUGCAGGAGUAAAUCAACGGGUUACUCGGAGAAAACCCACACGGUCACGGGGAGAACGUACAAACUCCGCACAAAGAGUAUCAGUAGUCAGGAUCGAACCAGGGUCUAUGGCGCAACUCUAUCCUUCCCCUACAUGUAGCCUGCCUCGAUCGGAAUAUACGCAAUGACAAUCCCACAAAAGUUGGAAUUAUAUAGAUCAGGAUGGAAAGCUGGAAGCACAUAAUUCAAAAAGUUAUACAUGUUUCAAUCAUGUGGAAAUGUUAAAGCGUCAUCGCUACAUCAAAUGUAUCGCCUGCUCUUCUUGGAAUAGUGCCAAAGGAUCAGCAGCAGACUCCAGCUUUAACGUAUUUUCUAACACUGCAGCACCUCUCUGCAAAGGAAGAAAAUGCUGGAUAGAGUCAGCAGGCCAGGCAACGUCUUUAGAAAGAGAGACAGAGUUAAUAUCUCAAUUUUCAAUGAAAAUAAAGUUAAAAAGGCGAAUGACCAUCGUUUUAACGCUUGGCCACAACUGGGUGUUGGCGUCAUCGCCAGGAGUUUUCAUAACUAAUAUGACGUUAGUCUGACGCAAGGUCGUUUAAUGCUGUUAAUUUCACCGCUUCAGUCUCUGACUGAAUCCUUCUGAAAUGUCCUCAGACCAACCCAGCAGCACCUUGGUAAAUGCCCCCUGUGCACGAUGUACUGCGCAGACCUGUACUGGUUAGAAUUGGGGUCAAUACUGUGACGUGAGGAGCUGCUCUGGAAAUAGGCGGAUGCUGCUUCUUUAUGAAUAUUUCGUGAGGUUUUUCACUGCUCCUGACUUUCGGGAGUGUUUUCAACCACGGUCAGUCGGGUUGAUAUUUUGCACUAUUUUCCAGCUUUCACCGACUGAAAUAUGCGAGAGAUAUAGUAACCCAAGAAGAAAAACAGAGAGAGAAAGGAUAAUAAUUCUUCGGAAGUUUUCGAUGUCUCUGAAGUGCAGCAAAAGGAACAAAUCCAUUGCAGAUUCUAGGGUCACUGAUUGCUUAAGAUAUAAAAGCAUCAAGAAGAGCCAUGCAUCAAUGCAGCAAGGUGCUGAACAAUCAUAUCCCGUCUGUUCAUGGAUCGUGAGUAAAGAAGCUAAACUAUUAAAAUAUAUGACUGAUGAGAGGUUGAGAAUGAUUGAAUUUCUGGCAAACAAAGCAAUCAAGGAGAAGAAAAUUUUUACAAUCAUUGGCUACUAUCCAGAAAUUAGAGCAAGCUUAAGGAAACGAGGCUGGGCAGAAAGAAUAUUUCCACCGUUGAAGGACGUGGAACAGCAAGUGGACGUUGGCGGUGCGUCCAGGCGACAUGUUGUCAAGAUGUGGAUUACAAAGCAGUUAACAAAAAGGGAAAAUAAUUCUCAGGACAAUCAGACAGAUAAUGGAAUUGUACAGCUUCAGGAAAAAGAACAUUUUCACUACAGUUUGAGUGAUCCAGACAACAUUCAUUGUUUAGUGUCAAAACUGAUUGCGAAAGAAAUCCCUUACUUCAUCUGGACAGUAAGAAGAAAUAUAAUCGACUGUCGCUCUUUGCACAAACAUCAGAUGAUGAAUCAUUAUGGCAGGCAUGCGUCUUUUACAACCAAAGCUGGACUCUGCACAAAUCUGAGGAAAUUGCCUUCACUUCUGAAUGAGAACCCUGAUACUUUCUUUCCCCGCUGCUACCUUCUUUCUGAUGAGAAUGAAGAACGUGCCCUCUGCAAUGACUUCAGGCUUACUUGUGCAAUCAGUGUACUGAAAUGGGUGAUUUGCAAUCCUGCAAGUGAUAAAUCAAAUCCAAGUAAGGGAAGGAUGAGACUGUCAGAAGCCAGCCGGACAGGCUUGGGAAGACACUACAAUAGGGUUUGCCGUCUGUCCACUGAUCUGAUAGAAAUGGCCAUCGAUGUGUGUGAAGAUUUUUUGCAAAACCAGAAACUCAAUGGAAAUGAUGAUAAAGAAGAGAAGCCAGUGACCCCAAGUGAAGAACUGUGGGAAGAUCUAAUUGAACAACACCACUGCCUUAUUCACCAUCAAGCAACAAUGCCCGGUUCUCACCAUUACUUAGUCCGUUGCCAGAAUCUUCUCAACAGCCUUAAGUCUGUUUAUCCUCAGUUGGAAGUAGAGGGCAUCAGAAAUAUCUGGAUCAUUAAGCCGGCAGCAAAGUCGCGGGGUAGAGGUAUAAAGUGCGUAGACAGCCUGGGUGAUCUCCUGGAACUCAAGGCGAUUGACCCCUCCUUUGUAACCUCCAAGUGGGUGGUACAGAAGUACAUUGAGAAGCCCCGUUUGAUUUACGACACCAAAUUCGACAUCAGACUCUGGUUCCUUGUUACGAGCUGGAAUCCACUAACAGUGUGGUUCUACAAAGACUGCUACUUAAGAUUUUCCACACAGCCCUUCACACUGGAAAAUCUUGACAGUUCUAUCCAUCUUUGCAACAAUGCCAUUCAGAAGAAAUUAAAACCAGCCAUUGAGCGUAACCCAUUAAUACCGACAGAGAGCAUGUGGUCAAGUGACGAAUUCCAAGACUAUUUGAAAAUUAAAGGUGAUGACAACAUUUGGAAGGAACUUAUCUACCCUUCCAUGAAAAAAGCCAUCAUUUGUAGUUUGAUAACAGUUCAGUCUAAUGUAGAAGAACGCAAGAGCAAUUUUGGACUAUAUGGCGCUGAUUUCUUGCUAGGGGAAGACUUUAAACCAUGGUUAAUUGAGAUCAACUUAAGUCCAAGUAUGGCACGUUCCACUUCUGUCACUUCUCUGCUCUGUGCAAAUGUACAGGAAGACACCAUUAAAGUGGUCAUCGACAGAAGAUAUAACAGCAAGUGCAACACUGGUCAGUUUGAAUGUCUAUCGAAGCAGGAAAGAAAGUAUUUCAACAAAAGAACUUAUGCUCUUCAAGAAAAGAGGAAGCAGACAUCGAGAAAGCUCCACCCAAUGAGGCGAGGGAAGUUAUGGAGAGCGCGUCGAUAGUUAAUUCACUAAAACAGUUAGCAUUAUUGGCAUUUGUUAAGUCAUCCAUUUAGGAUGGAAUGUAUUCUGGAUUGCUAAAAUAAUCAAAGAUGGAAAUACCAAAUAUAUUGAUCACUGAUCUUUUAAUCUCACAAGACACCUGAGUAAUGCUUUUUUUUGGAAACCUUUAUUUAGAGAUAAAAUUAACCCCUACCUUUCCAAAUGGAAGUUUAUCAAAGAGAGCCAACAUGGGUUUGAAGAAGGGUCUCAAAACGUCACCCAUUCCCUUCUCUCCAGAGAUGCUGCCUGUCCUGCUGAGUUACUCCAGCUUUUUGUGUCUAUCAUGGGUUUGUUAAAGACAAAUUGUGUCUGACUAAUUUUUUUAAUUUCUUUGAGAUAACAAGGAACAUAGCACAUUGGACAAUAUAGCACAGGGAUAGGCCCAUCAGCCCAUAUUGUUUGUGUCGACCAUGAUGCCAAAUUAAUCCAAUCCUAACUUCCCAGAUAUGAUCCAUAUCUGUCCAUUCCCUGCAUGUUCGUGUGCCUGUCUAAAUGCCCAUUAAACAUUCCAAUCAUAUUGCUUCCACUAUCUCUCCACACAUUGCAUUUCAGGCACCCACCACUCCGUGCAAACAAAAAUGUGUCCUUUAAAAUGUCCCUCUCUGACAUUAAAGGUUGAUGAUGGUGGUGAAGUAAAUUUGAUCCAUAACCUUUCCACUCUAUGUGCUUCCCUAUAUCUUUUAAAUAUAUAAUUAUACCUGUGUCAAAUACUUCUUCUGGCAGCUUAUUCUAUAUAAUCAUCAACCUAUGUGUGAUAACCAAACAAAAUGCUGUUCAGAUUAAUAUUAAACCUUCUCCCUCUCACCUUAAAACUGUGGUGCCUUGUUUUUGAUUUCACUAUCCUGGGAAAAGGACUUGUGCAUUCAUCGUAUCUAUAACUCUCUUGAUUUUAUAGGGGUGGAGAUUGCAACCUUCACGUGGUCCACCCUGUUUCGACUAAUGCAAUCAACCCGAUGUGCACAAACAAAUAGAUGUAGUGUUUUGGUGUCUACAACUAUAGGCUAGCACGCCAUAUGCAAGAAGAAGAUGAUGUUAUAUACCUCUAUAAGAUCACUCCUUUAUCUCCAAUACUCCAAAGAAGCCUGCCCUAGUCAGCCCAACCUCUCCCUAUAACUCAGUCCCUCGAGACCUGACAUUCUUUUCAUUAAUGGCAUCUAUUCUAUACAGUAGCUGGGGUGACCUAAACUGAGGACUAUACUUCAGGUGCAGCCUCACCAAUGGCUUAUACAACUGCAAAAUAACAUCCUAAUUGCUUACUAAUGAAAGCCAGCAUUCCAGAAGUCUUCUACACCACCAUGUUACUUCUUGAAAAGUUGUGAGCCUUUGGAAUUCUCUUUCCCAGGAGUGCAAUUGUGGGUGGGAAGGAUACAUUUUUGACUAAGGGAAUCAAAAGGUAUGGGGAUUUCAUUGUCCUAUCUGGGAUACAUGACAAUAAAACUCUCUUGACUUGAUUGCAUCACUCCCUACACACUGGGGGGAAUUUGCAAAGGCAAACCCACACGUUUUUGGGAUGUGUAAGGAAACCGGGGCACCCGAAGGAAACCGAUGUGGUCACAGGGAGAAUGUGAAAACUCCGUUUGGCCAACACCCGCGGUCAGGAUGGAGAUCUGACACUCUGGCACUGUGUGGCGGCAGCUCUACCAGCUGUAUCACAAUGCCGCGCGCAUGUUGAUGAGGUGGAUUGAAGAGCAUUGUUGAAUUAAUUAGGUUUAUAAAUAGAGGAAUGGAAUAUAAUAACAAAGAGAACAUGCUAGGAAUUUAAAACGCAACUAGUCAGGCCUCUGUUGGAAAAAAAUGUUGUUAAUGGUACUGAACAAUGUAAAUGGAAAAUGCAAAUGUUUCAGCUCAAAGGAAGCUUCCUGGAGCAAUUUCAUAGGUGGGGACUGGGGCUGAACUAUGAGGGCAGGUUAGGAAGGAAAAGGUUAAGCAAUGAUUUAAUCUAGGUUCUAUGAUGGGAGAUUUUGAUGGAGCAGGGCCAUGCCCUCAGGCCAGCCAGUCAGUAAAGGAUUGUAAAGUUGUUGGCAAAUGACGUACAAACGAGAUGAGAUAAACCCCUUUCACUAGGGGAAUUGAUGGGAUGUUGCUCGUGAAACACCUAUCCUGGAGUACCCAUCCAGUUUUGCAUUGGGGUUGGAUAGGCACUUCAAUAUGUAGCGUGAAGGAGUAGCCUAUUUAAACAUUCAUAGAGUGAGCACUCUCACAGCAGCUUGAAAGGCCUUCUCCCUUCAAUAAGUUUAUACAAUUUUGGUUUAGAGGUAAAUAUUGAAGUCAACAGUUGGAAAAAGGAAGCAGUCACUUCAAAAUCAACAUCAACAUAUUGGGGUGCAAGAGGCCAUUCAGCCCAUUGUGUUCAUGCCAGUUCCUGGCCAAACAAUCUGUUGAUCCCAUUCACUGGUCUUUCCCCAUAUUCCUGCAAGUUAUUUUCCAUCCAUUGACAAUCCAAUUGUUUUUUGAAAUCUUUGACUGAUUCUAGUUACACCACCCAUACAGGCAUAGCGUUACAGAUUGAUGUAGCACUUUUAAUAUUGAAAUAUAAAAUCAAGGCAUCUCAUGGGGAAUAUUAUCAAUUUUUUCCCUUUCAUAAUUUUCCUCAGUAAACUUUAGCUCCAACAGACAUUGUUAGUCAUCAACAAUUGUCCAUGGGGUCUGGCAUGACUAAGGCCGCAAGAACCAGGGUGGCACAGUGGCGCAGCGGUAGAGUUGUUGCCUCACAGCGCCGGAAACCCGGGUUCCAUCUCGACCAUGGGUGCUCUCUGUGUGGAGUUUGUAGGUGCUUCCUGUGACUACGUGGGUUUUCUUCGAGAUCUUCGGUUUCCUCCCACUCUCCAAAGACGUACAGUUUUGUAGGUUGAUUGGCUAGGUAUAAUUCUAAAUUGUCCCUAGUGUAUGUGGUAUAGUGUUAGUGUGCGGGGAUCGAUGGUCAGUGCGGACUCGGUGGUCCGAAGGGCCUGUUUCUGAGCUGUAUCUCUAAAACUAAAACUAAAAACCAAAACUAAUCCCUGAGCUAGUGUGUUUUGGUUUCACAGAGGAGUGAACUCCAUCCCAUGCAUUGUGCUAGGUUUCAUAUAUUUAAGCAGCAUACUCCAUGAUCUCUACCUUGAUUGUGCACUUUAGUUGACCAUACUCAUGGAAGCCCCAGGUGAAUGGUCAACCAAUCCAUGCCAUCCAGGGGACUCGACCCAAAGCGUCAUCCAUUCCUCUCUCCAGAGAUGCUGCCUGUCCCGUUGAGUUACUCCGGCUUUUUAUGUCCAUCUGCGGUGUAAACCAGCAUCUGCAGUUUCUUCCUACCCAUGCCAUCUCCCUUCCUUCCUAGAGCAGUAAUUUCACAAGUUCAAAGUUAUAGGAGUAGAAUUAGGUAAUUCGACCCAUUGAGUUCACUCCGCCAUUUAAUCAUGGCUGAUCUCUGCCUCCUAAUCCAAUUUUCCUGCCUUCUCCCCAAAACCCUUGACAAUCAUUCUAAUCAAUAAUCUGUCUAUCUCUGCCUUAAAAAUAUCCACUGAUUGCCCUUUAUGGCAAUGAGUUCCACUGAUUAACUCCCCUCCGAGUAAAGCAUUUCAGAGGAGCUGGGACUGUAGGUUGUCAGGCAGCUUGAGGUGAGCUGGUGAGAGGAGCAGCGAGAUUGACCUGGGGAUGGGUGGGCAUUGUGCUCCUCUGCUUAUGACUUAACAAUCACUAUGGCCCAAACGGAUCCUCUUCCAGGAAGUGAAUUGACGUGCACACACCCUACUCCCUCGCCUCGUAAACCAUUUGUAAACCAGAAACUUGCUUUUAAUGGUCGAGUCAUUUAUAACUUUUGCAUGAUUUUUUUUCCAGAGAUAUAAACAGUGUGAGAAUCAAACAAAGUCAGGAGUAAAUUCUGUAAUAUUGCAGCAGAAAUCUAUUUUUAAAGUAUUGAUAUUUAUUCGGGAUGCAUUCUGGAAACUUUGAUUGGGAACUUUCUUCAUGUUUGAUAACCCGAGGCAUGCACAGGAGAUGACUUUACCUAGUCUAUCACAAACAUUGGUUCCAUUAAUUGCUGCCUGGUUCUGCUUCAUUGGUUCUGGAGAUAGUGGAGAGUCUAGGACUAAAGGUCAAACCCUCAGAAUUAAAGGACUUUCUUUUAGGAAGGAGACGAGGAGGAAUUUCUUUAGUCAGAGGGUAGUAAAUCUUUGGAAUUCAUUGCCACAGAACUCUGGAGGCAAAAUCAAUGGAUAUUUUUAAGGCAGAGAUAGAUAGAUUAUUGAUUAGUACAGGUGUCAAAGGUUAUGGGGAAAAGGCUUGAAGAUGGGGUUAAGAGGGAGAGAUAGAUCAGCCAUGAUUUAAUGGCAGAGUAGACUUGAUGGGCCUAAUGGCCUAAUUCUGCUCCCAUCAUAUGACAUGACAUAAUCAAGUAGAACUCUGGAAUAAUCUGCCUGCCUCCAAUCUCCAGAGUUCAUUGGACAAUAUAAUUUGCCAAUAUCACAGCAUAAAAAUGCAUGAUAUUCCAAUGAACAAUGCAGUUCUCAAUCAUAUUUUUAACUCAUAAUACAGAACAUAGCAGGCUCUUUGCACCACAUUAUCCAUGCCAAACAUGAUGCCAAGUUAAACUAAUUUAUUCUGCCUGCAUGUGAUCCAUAUCCCUCAUGUCCAUGAGCUCUUUGAAAGCCUCAUGCAUGUUGCUGUCGUCUCUGCCUCCACCACUACCUCUGGCAGUGCAUUCCAAGCUCCCACCACUUUAAAAGUAAUAAAACUUUCCUCGCACAUCUCCUUCAAACUUUUCCCCUCUCACCUCAAACUGUGGCCUCUAGUCCUUGACAUUUUCACGCUGGGAAAAGGAUCUGUGAUAUAACCUAUAAUCUAUGCCUUUCAA